CUCCACAUCUGCCCUUCAUAUCUUCAGGGCAAGACUGACUUGACUUAUUCAUACCUUCCCAGAAACCUAUAACCCGUUAUGUUUCUCAUGAAUUGAAUUCAUUUUACCAUAAAGUAACUAAUUACUGUGUUAUGGCUUCCCCGUCUACGCCGCGCUCGACGCGCUCCGCGUCUCCAGCGAACGUCGCCUCUAAUGAAGGCUCUCCUGCGAUUUUGACGCCGGGAAGGAAAAUUAAGGCUAUGCUUGCAGCCUUUGAUGAUAGCGAUUCCGAUUAUGACAAUGGAAAAUCUACAAUGCGGACAUCCCUUCCAAAACUGAACUUGAAUACAGAGACGCCGCGACGCAACCAGGUAUUGGACAAAGAGGAGGAUGAUGAUGAUGAUGAUGAUGAAGAGGAGGUUAUCAUUAAACCCAAGGGCCGCAUGGCUGCUCGGAUGCAAGUGCAAGAGCAGACAGGUAAUGAGACGACAUCGAAGGAUGGAGAUGAGACGGCAUACCAGCGAGUAGCACGAAACUUGCAAGAGAACACAGAGACGAGAGAAGUCUCAGAAGAAAACGAGGCCAUAUCGUCCGACGAUGAUCUUCCCACAGCCGGCCCUAGGAGAGGACUACGGAAAGCAGCUCAGAACUCGGAAAUCGACGAUCAGGCACGAUCGCCUUCCCCUGCUCGAUCCUUUUCUCCUCUCUUUGUAUCCUCACCGGCUAAAGGACAGGAAGAAUCAGAGAAUGAGGAUGCAGCUAUCGAUGCAGGAGAGAAUGGGAAGUCUAAAUCAAAUAGCCGCUUCUUGGCGCUGGUCGCUCAGAAGCGAAAGGAGAGAGAAGAGAAGGAGCGCCUCGAAGCUGAGAAAAAAGCAGCUAGGCUGGAGAAGAUGAAGCAGUUCAGUUCUGAUAUUUUAUCAGGCGAGGACAGCGACGAUGGCACCGGACAGCGAUUGUCCCAGAAACCUCGUCCUGCUCGCAAAGCUAGCAAAAAGGCCCUGGAGGAGAUGAACCGAGAGACGCAGAGAAUCAGCAGAAAUAUGCAGCUUGCACACGAAGCACGAACUAAAAAGAAGAUCACCAAAGAGAGCUUCUUUGCUCGAUUCAACUUCAUGCAGCCGCAGGGCCAAGAUGAGUCCACCCACGCACAGGAUAACUCUUCCACGACCGCUGGCUCUCAGCAUUCUUCCGACGUCGAAGCGCAGAAGGACAAGACAACUCCGCCAACAUCGCCAGCCCGAGCACCGUCGCCAGAUAAACCGGCUGAUGCCGCAACUUCUGAGCAGGCGAAUCAGUCUCAGCUGGCGGAACGGGAGGUUACUAAUUAUGAAGCAGAACUCCCUUCUGUGGAAGAACUCCUUACGCAGCCACUCCCAUCCCAGGAGCCCACUCUUAUUGCACAGGCUAUGGUCCAGGCAGAAGAAAGUAAGCCAGAGCCUACAAAGAAGGAUACAAAACCACUCCGACGAGCCCUUACAAAGCCUCCUGUUCGUGUGCAGUUAUCUCGACAAUUUGUAGCCGAACACCAGAAGGAUGACUCCGACGAUGACCUUGAAGUAAUUACGUCACCUGCAAAGACUCGCCGCAUUGCUGUCUUUGAAAACCUGCCGUCGAAACAGGCCCAAGAAUCGGCCUCUAUGCUUAAACUCAAGGCCCUGGCUCACUUGACCUCACCCACUCGUCGGAGUACGUCAAUGUCCCCAGCGGAGCUGUCCGCUGUCCUGCGUAUCCAGGCACGACAGCAGGCUGCAAAGGAGAGGGCUGAGAGGAUCGAAGAGCUGCGAGCGAAGGGAAUCCAUAUCGAGACAGCUGAGGAACGUGCCGCAAUGGAUGCUGAGGUUGAAGAUCUGGUGGAAAAGGCAAGAAAGGAAGCGGAUGAAAUCAGAAAACAAGAGCGGGAGGCAUCAAAGGCCGGCAAGCCCAAAACUAUCGAACUUGAUAGCGAAGAGGACGAAGACUACGAAUUUUCAGACGAAGAUGAUGAUGGGGAAGCGGAAGACGAGGAAGAGGAAGAUGCAGAUGAUGAAAAUCUUGUUGAAAAUGAAGCUGGAGAAGCCGGGGAAUCCGAGGAGUCUGAAGAAGAACCAAUGGAGGAGGAUGACUCGGACGUUGAAAUGGAAGCUACCGUCUCAACCCGAAGAAAGCGUCCUCUGAGAGUCGUCAGUGAUGAUGAAGAUGAAGAGCAAGAACCGGCGACUCCUGCGAGAACCGUCACACAACGUCCAGAAUCCAUCAAGAAACCUACUUUCCCGGACAUGCCAAAUUCCAACGACUUCACCAUGGGUCUAAGUCAAGCAUUUGCAGCUACAUUAGGCGGUAGCCAGUCUGAGAAUCAACAGGAGUCGCCUGCAAUCCUCGGCAGUCUCCCAGACCCUGCUGGAGCUUCAGCUGGAGUCCAGGAAACGGAUCCUGAAGUACUCGUGAAGGACAGUCAGGGACGAAGAGAAUCUGUUGACAUUCUUCACGGCUUGACCCAAUCUCAAACUCGCAUUUCGGAAUCUCCUGGUCCGAAGAUAUUCUCGCAAUAUUCUCAGAUACCAGAUCCGACCCAAGAUGAAGGAUUUGUGAUGUCACCAUUCGACCAGUCUAAACGCUUUGUUGAACCCCCAGUGUCGACUGUUGAGACAGUUCUCCUACCUCGGGAUGAAUCGCCAGUCGCAAAGAAAAGCAGGGUUCUACGACGUGGACACCGUGCUGAAACUGUGGAUGCUGAUGACAACGGUUUUGAGAUUGAGGCGAGCGCUUUCGACGUCAUGCGGAAGGCAGCAAAGAAAAAGAAAGAAGCUGUUCUGUUUGACAAGAACAAGUCCAAGGCAAAGGAAAUUGUGGAUGAAGUAGCGGAGGAGUCUGAGGAUGAAUACGCCGGUUUAGGAGGUGCAAGCGAUGAUGAAGACGCGGGUGAAGAAGACGAGUACGAUCGGGACAUGAUCAAUGACAACAGCGGUGAAGUUGUCGAUGAGAAAGAGCUGGCUGCACUCAACGCGAACCACCAGCGUGCUAUGGACGAGAAACAGGUCUCCAAGCUGCUGAGGGAUAUCACCACUGGUGCUCUUCGCCGUCGGCGUGCUGCAGAUGACGAGUUCGAUCUGGAUGAUUCCGACGACGAGUUGAUGGCCCGUCGACGUGCCAAACAGAGGGAGUUCGCCAAGAUGCGUAAAGCUCUUCUGGCUGACGAGAAAAUCGGAGAGAUAGCGGAGAAUCCGAAGAAGGCAGCCUUCUUCAAGGCAAUCGAGGACCGUGAUCAAGAUGACGAUAUGGACCUGGACUUCCUCGACGAGCAUACUGACUCGCGGGAGCACGAUUCCUCUCAGGAUGUCCAAGCAGAACCCGCUUAUGACGAGCCUGCCACAGCAGGAAGCAAGCGGAAGAGACCACUCGAGCCCUCCGCAGCUGAUAUCGCUAAUCGCCCUCCGCCUCACCUCCGUCGCACUCCGGCUAAUGCUGUCUCAAGGAAGCCAUCGACCCUGGCUGAGAUCCGGGAGACUGUUUCAUUCCUCACAGAGACCCCGGAGUACGACUCUUUCCAUGAGGACGCCUCAAUAGAGGAGGAGGAGGAUGAGCAAGAAAUCAACGAGGUGACGGAUUCGACAGCCGAUGAAGAAGAUGGUCGGAUUUCUCAGGAUGGAUUUGCAAUCCCCCGAAACCCUCGUCGCACUCGCGGUCCUGUAGUAGAUCGCCUUUCUCUACUGCGCCAGGCAUCAUCCAAUUCUGCAUCUUCCGCCAACAGCAAGCUGGCCUUCCAGUCAGCAUCUGCAGUCGACCCGGUUUCUAAGAUUGGUUUCCGACUUCCUGCAUUAUUGCGCCGCUCCACCACCGGCUCUUCAACUACAUCGACAUCAUCGGUAUCCUCAGGUUCUAAUUCCUCGCGGACAAAGACUGGCCCGGUUCCUGCUGCUGCGCACGGGAAGAAGGGAGCUGUGAACUAUUACACAGCUGCCCGAGAACGAGAAAGAGAGAAGGAACUGAGAAUGAAGCAGAGAGGCAGUGGCUCGAAUAUCAAUGCGCUCUUGAUCAAACACGCUGGCGGUUCUCUAGGAUCACUCGUCGGGAAGGGACAAUGGGAGUGAAGGACCUCUGGGAAUUUAAUGAUGGAAUUAUACCCGCGAGAAGUUGUCAUGAAUUUUCACGGACCGGCUCUGUACUCAUUGGAUACGGCGUUUUAUCAAUUUGGCGUUGUGCGAAUAUAGUUCUAUAGUUAAGGGUAACUUGGAUGAGUAGUAGUGUUGAAAUACAACAACAUGCUGCAGUAUAAU